AUGAGAAAUCAAGAUCAUGAAUAUACUAAAAUAGAGAAUGUUAGGUUACUUGAUACUCCUGACGAUGACUAUGCACCACCAGACAGAGUGAUGCCAAAGAUCUCGUUCAGCGUUAGAAUCAAUGGAUUCCUCAUGGGUGGUGCUGCAAUUCUCUUCUUUAUGCCAUUCAUCCCAUUGAUGAUUAAAAACAGCCAGGCUAGCGCAGUCUCUGUAUCACUGGUUCUCACUUUCUUCUCUGGUGCCUUCUCGUCGCUACUCUUUGGUAGUGUCAUUGGAUUGGUUGCAUUGUUCCCAUCGUCAUACACUGGUGGUGUCAUGUCGGGUUGCGGUAUUGCCGGUAUCAUCGCAUCCAUCCUUCGUAUCAUUACCAAAGUAGCGAUGCCAUCCACCAAAGACAAUGAAAAGACCAGUUUCCUCUAUUUCUUCCUUGGAGGUGGUGUCUUACUCCUCUGUUUCGUUGCCUAUCAAAUUCUUCUCAGACUUGCAUUCACUCGUCAUUGCAUGAGAAAUUACAACAAUACUAAGAAUGGAUCAAUCAAUGGAGUAGAAUCAAAGAGAGAAGUAUCAAUUAAAGUAUUGUUGCGUAAAGUUUGGAGAGAAGCAUUUGUUGUCUUUAUUGUUUUCUUUACAACAUUGUCAUUGUUCCCAGGUGUCACCGGUUUGGUCCAAACUAUAAAUUCCAGUCUUGGAAACGAUUGGUUCCAGAUUAUUUUUGUUUUGUCUUUUAUGAUUGGUGACUAUAUUGGUAGAACCGCACCAAAGUGGAUCAUCCUAUUCACACCAAACAACCUUUGGAUUCCAGCAGUUCUCAGAUUGGUAUUCUUCCCAUUGUUUGCAUUCUGUGUAAAGCCAUUACUCUUUAGAAAUAUCUAUCUUUAUUUCUUCAUUAUGUUUGUAUUUGCACUCACCAAUGGUUAUUGUGGAACAUUGGCAAUGAUGUUUGGUCCAACCAAAGCAGAUGAUCAUGAAAAAGAAGUGACUGGAAUUGUAAUGUCAUUCUUUUUGAACUUUGGUAACUUUGGUAUUCCAUUCUAA